UUCACUGCUGCAUUCUCGUGGUGCAGGGCGGACCGCUCUCAGCCUCCUCACCUCAGCUCCAUCCGCUCUCUCACUCACUCACUCACUCACUCACACAUGCAAACUGCCCCGACAACAUCAACAUGCUGGCCGUUAUUAAACGCUACGCUGUGAUACUGCUCACUGUGCUGCUGUGCUUAGUGUCGUCGGGCCACACGGGCAAAAAGCCAGUGAAGUGCCCUUCAUCUUGCAGCUGCUCCAAGGAGUCCAUCAUCUGCGUCGGCUCUUCAUUUGUGCCGCGGACCACACCGGGCGAUGUCAACUCACUGAGCAUUGUGAAUGGGACCUUCUUUGAGGUCAGGGAGGCCGUGUUUGCACACAUGCCAUCUCUUCAGCUGCUAUUACUUAAUUCAAAUGCUCUUACCACAAUUAAAGAUGAUGCAUUCUCUGGCCUACCACACCUUGAAUAUUUGUUCAUUGAAAACAAUAAAAUUGAGACUGCUUCGAAAUAUUCCUUUAGAGGACUCAGGGACCUGACUCAUCUGUCUUUGGCGAACAACAAUCUUAAAGCCUUGCCAAGAGAUCUCUUCAGUGAUCUGGACUCCCUAAUAGAGCUAGACCUGAGAGGCAAUGCAUUUGAGUGUGACUGCCGUGCAAAAUGGCUGAUGACGUGGCUGAAGAACACCAACGCCUCAGUGUCAGAUAUCCUGUGUGUUGGCCCAGAGGAGAUGAAGGGCAAGAGGCUCAAUGACAUGACAAGUCUCCAUGAUGAGUGCAUCUCCACAGAUUUCAUUCCACUUCAAUCUGUGACCACUGAGUCUCUUUCUGUGGACACAUUCUCCCACAAGAAUGACGUGUAUGUGACCAUCGCUGCCCCUAAUAUAGAGAGCUGCAUGGUGCUUCAGUGGGACCACAUCGAGAUGAACUUCAGGAGUUAUGACAACAUUACUGGUCAGUCCAUUGUUGGCUGCAAGUCAGUGAUCAUCCAGAACCUGGUGUUUAUGAUUGUUGCCCAGCUGUUUGGUGGCUCUCACAUCUAUAAGUUCGAUGAAGACCAAAGCAAAUUCACCAAGUUUCAGGAUAUUGAAGUCUCCAAGAUCUCCAAGCCCAAUGACAUAGAGACCUUCCAAAUUGGUGAUGAAUGGUUCUUUAUCAUUGCUGACAGCUCUAAGGCUGGACUUUCAACCCUUUAUAAAUGGAAUGGCAAAGGUUUCUACUCCUAUCAAUCGCUACACGAGUGGUUCCGUGAUACUGAUGCAGAGUUUGUAAACCUGGAUGGCAAGGCUCACCUCAUUCUGGCCAGUCGUUCCCAAGUUCCAGUCAUCUACCAGUGGAGCAAAAGUGCACAGAAGUUUGUGUUACAGGGUGAAAUUCCGAACAUGGAGGAUGUGGUCGCUGUCAAAGCAUUCUGGAAUAAAGAGGACCUGUAUCUGGCUAUGACACGAUAUAUUGGAGACUCCAAAGUCCUACACUGGACUGCCAAGCAUUUCUCUGAGGUUCAAGCCCUCCCUUCAAGAGGUUCCAUGAUCCUUCAGCCAUUUUCCUUUAAAGAUCGUUAUUAUCUAGCUUUAGGUAGUGACUACACAUUCUCACAGGUCUACCUGUGGAAUGCAGAAGACAAGGUUUUUGAGCGUUUUAAGGAGGUCUACAUUCAGGCCCCGCGCUCAUUUACUGUGGUCUCCACAAACCGCAGGGACUUCAUCUUUGCUUCCAGCUUCAAGGGGAGCACUCAGAUAUUUGAACACAUCAUUAUUGAUCUGAGCCUUUGAGGUCUUGUAGACAACUUGUAAAAAAUGUUGAAUGGAAGCAUUUCAGCAUCCAACAAUGUCUUCCAUUUAAAAUGGGAUAUUUUCCAUGAAAGGGUUCAAAACAAUGGCUGUGAGUUCGAAAUAAUUUGUAGUUUGUGAUUUUAUCAGGUAUGUAAUGUAAAUUCAUGUGCAUGGUAAUACAUGCCGUAGUAUGAGUUUUCUUUUUUCAGGUUCUUUGCGAUUCAGCGUUUAGUCGUUUUUGUACAUCUUUAGCAGAGAUGUUUUUUCACCCAGAUGAAAAAAUAAGAAUAUUCAUGGGGUAGAUAGCUCUGAGCAGAGCUGCUCCUUUGCAGUCAAGUCUUUUGCAUAACUAACACUAACAUGCCAUCUCCAGCCAUUGUGCUGCGGCACCUGCAUGACACUGUUGCAAAGAUUUCAAUCCAGGCAUGCUGAAAAAUACAGAUAUUAAAAGAAAUACAGGUGACAAAGUCUAUAAUAUUAAAUAUCCCAGUAUCUCUCAUACUUGAUCCUUAAUUUAUAUAUUCUUGCACAGAUUAUUUUGCUAAAUAUAAAACCUGAUUAUUCAAACCAGUUACAUAACUUAUCACAUUCUAAAUGCUGAAAAGUAUAUGCAAAUGUACAGUCAGCUAAAACUUAAAUUUGGUUUGUUGCAUCAUAAAUGUAAUCCUAUUUUGCAAACUUUUGAGUUACAGAUGAAAUUCAAUUUACUUUGUAAACCAAAACAGAAAAACACACAGAAAUAGAUGUGAUUUUUAUGCAGUGAAUCAAACCAAUUUUCUGUUCCAUUUAUCAUUACAUUUCAACAUUGGCCAGUAGGCUUCAACGUUCCAGUAUUCUCCCAGCAUGUUGUCAUAAUCUGUCUAAAGGCAAAAUAUCAGCAGAGGUAUACAAAAUGUCUCUAACUACUAAUUUCCCUGGUUAUUGAAAUGACUCAUCAAAAAAAAAGUACAGUUAAUGUAGUGUAAGAUGGAUGCUGUAGAAAAAGAGAGAAGAUCUAGGGCAGCAGCUAAUAACCACUGAUAAACAGCCUUAAAACCCUUAGGUAUAUUAUAGGCAUUAUAUAGGAAAAUCUAAAACAUUUUUGUUUCGACUUGCACAAAUUUUACUGUCUGUGGUUUCCCUAAAAUCUAUAGGUAAGAUUCAGAUUGAUCAUACAGUAUGUAGUAGGUUGGAGCCUCAAAAUAAAAUCCAUAUUUAAAAAAAAAGGAAAAAAAAGAAAGCAAAACAAAACAAAUUUAUUGUAUUAUGUUUAUCACUAGUCUUCAGUUUAACACUCAAUUAGUCACUAAGUCUCAUUAACAACAGUUCUGACUGUAGUUAUUUUAAAAGAACUGGGAAUGUUAGGAUAUGAUUAACCCUUUUGUUAUGUGAUUAUACAUUAAACAUGAAGUGAUAUGUCUGAUACCAUUAGUGCUUGCCUUCCUUGAGACUUUUGAAUGUUUUUUCCACUUACAAAAACAUAAUUGCUCACGUUAUGAUAUCUAUUGCGAAUGUCAUCUCCAAACUGAAAGACUUUUAAUUAAAUAAUUUUGAAAUAAUUUUAAUUAAACAUAAAAUAACAGAACACCAACAAUAUU